GUGAGCACAGCUGUGGUUUUCUAAUCCAUCACAGAAGAUGGAAGAUGGCAUUGUGAAGCAGGGCUUUCUCUAUUUGCAACAGCAGCAGACUUUUGGAAAGAAAUGGCGGAAGUUCUGGGGUGUGUUGUACAGUGGGAGUGUCUGUGCUGCUGCAUGCCUGGAACUCCUAGAGGGUUCUGGCCCUCCAUCCACAGAGACUGCUAAGAAAGCUGGAAGCAGCAAGCACCUCAUCAAACUGAGUGACUGUGUUCAUGUGGCUGAGGCAGCUGGAGAAGCCAGCAACCCAAAGGAAACUACACCUUUUUUCCUGGAAACCACAGAGAAGUGCUACCUGCUGGCUGCAGCGAAAACUGAGGCAGCUGACUGGAUUCUGGUGGUUUGUGAGCAUGCUUUCUUGAAAACCAGGGAAGACUGGAAAAUAAUGCUGGAGAAGGACUUGAUGAAAGGCAAGCCCAUUUCACUCUUGAUGGCAGAAAACUUGCUCUACAGCUCCAUGUGGACAGCAGCGCCUGUAAAAGAGUUCCCUGUGACAGUUAAGGCAACACAGGCUUCUGAGCACUGCCAGCUCAGGGGCAGACUUCUCCUUCGAGCCAAGGUGGAUGCCUUGGAGCUAUGCAGCAUUCCGAAGGGUGACGUACUCUACACUUGGCCAUACAAAUUCUUGCGGAGAUUUGGUCAUGACAAGGUGAUGUUCAUGUUUGAAGCUGGACGGAGAUGUGCUUCUGGGGAAGGCAGCUUUGAAUUUUUCACCAAGCAGGGUGAUGACAUCAUCCAGGUCAUUGAAACAGCCAUCAAUGCACAAAGAGCUGCUGGGAUGACUGACCAAUGCAUGGGAGGCUCUUUCAACACCUCCUCAAAGGCUUCCCUUCUUGCCAGGUGUACCAAUGAGGCCAAGUCUUAUGAAAAGGGGAAUUUAGAGGAAACAGUGAUGGCAGUGGAAGAAGGGCAGUUGCCCCAUAUGGCCAGCACCAAAUCCCUCUCCCUGGGGGCCAGCUGGCAAGGGAACCCAGGUAACAAGGGCAGACUGGUGAAACCCAUCUCCAGCUGCCCCUUGCCCAACACCAAGUUCUCAUACAUGGAGCCCUCCAAUUCCCUUCCCAGAAGAGAUCCCCAGUAUGGACCUGGGAUGCUGGAACAAGCAGGGAAAAUGAGAGUUCCUCAGGUAACAGUGGAGCCUGAGUUGGAGUUAUUAGGUUCUGUCUCCAAGUUGCUGGUGAGCACAGAUGGCAACCACCCCCAGCAAGGCACUUGGGAGACACCAACCCCUUUGGUGGCAUGCAGCAGAAGUGAUUCAUUGGGCCUGGUCUCAGCUUCUUCAGGCCUGGAACACAUCUAUGAUGUCCCAGAGAGCCUGUUGCAUGUUGUUUAUGAUGAGCCCCAGGAAAUCAAAGGGGAAGCCUGGAAGCUGCAGGCUACUACUGAGGAUCCUGUUGGCCAUGAAUAUCCCUACAACCCAUCCUUGGAUGACUAUUCUGUGCCCAGGAUGGCAGCAUCUUCCACUUUUAGGCUACCCGGACAAAACAAAAACUUGCUCGGAGGAACACCAUUUGAUCAGAUGAUCUGGAGGUUCGGGAAAGAUCAAAAUGCACAAUGAAAAGAAGCAGAUGGAAUGAAAGGAAGGACCAGUUCAGUGGAUUAAGUUAUCUGGGGAGAUAAACUAAGAUGCAGGGUGGUGGUUUGGAGCAUAUAAAUAACUGUGGGUCUAUCAUUACUGAGUGGGUGAGUAGAUCCAAAUGCAACCUUCCUGAAAUAGAAUCAAGGCUUGUAACUGAGGAAUUAAGUGGGGGGGGGGAAGUGAGGCUCUUAUUUCUGCUUUUCUUCUCACUUUUUGAAUUCAAGACUAAAGAGUAUAAUACAAAAUUGCAUUGUAAACAUAUAUAGAUCUGGGUGGUGACAAUUAUGAUUUAUUAUUUAAAACAUUUUUAUGUCACCUUUCCACCCAGAUAGGGUCCCUAAGUGGCAAACACCUGGGCAUGAAAACAUAUAAAAUAGAGUAAAAACGUGUAGACAAAUAAACAUACAACACUGUCUCCAAUGAAUGGGAGCAUUUUCUUAUUAAAUUGUACAUUAUUUCAUCUGUCUCUCAAUAUUGUACAAUUGAGCAACAGUAGAUUGGUGGUUACCCUGUGCCCCUUCCUGUCUCAACUCAGCCCAUGUGCCUGAGUUCUGUGUAGGUCUCCUGCUCUGCAUCCCCCCCCCUCAUGCACCUGCCCUUUACUUGUGGCCCCCUUUGGUCUGAGGUGUUAGCCCUACUGGGGCAGGUAUAAGGGCCCCAUGAUUGUCUAG